GGAAUUCUUUAUAAAUUGGAAAGUAUAAUAGGUGGCAACAUUUAAAGGGGCGCAACACGGUUUUUCGAAGAGGAUGCGUUAAUCGAAUAAAACGCAUUAUUCAUGGUAACUGAUAAUACAUGUAAACUGCUUACGACACACGUGUCUUAACUCUACACCACGUGUCGUGCAAUGCAGCAAGAUACGGACGCGGUGUCGUAUGUGUAAAUAGAGAAGACGAAAUCUGACCGUAGCAAAAAUAUCUGAUGCAAUUUGACCAUGGUUUCUUCGGCCGCUUUGUCACAAUUCUGCAAAGUUGCGUAACACCAAAAACACGCACAUGCGAAUAGUAUCAACGAUAAUUUAGCGGCCUGUCUAUUAAAGAAUGCUCGCCCGAUGGUGUCCAGCGACCGGUCACUUAAGGUGCAUUUAUAGUUCCUGAAAAUGAUUUCUACCUACAACCUGUUCCCCGAAAAAACGCUCAUUUUCUCAGCCAUUUUGAAAUGGACCAAUCAAACCUGACCUCGAGGAACGCAGCCCUAAUUUCGCAUCCUCCAUAAAUCGCCAAAAAAAAGAAACAUUUCAGCGGAAUGCUCGAUUGCGUCGAUUCACAGGCCUUGACCGUACUUCUUUCUUCUACGCAAACGAUAAAAUGGCGUGUAAACAAAAAAAGUUGUGGUCAGAAGGAAAGAUGAAUCAAAACGUUUUAGUGAUUCGCAGUUCCAUCACGUAAAAGGAAUCUUUUUUUUAUUACUUACAUGUUCAUCGUUUUUUCAGCACCGGAGACGAUUCAACGAUGGGACAACGUUCUGGGAACGCUCCGAUUAGAGGAAGGUGUAUAAACCCCUCAUCAGGAAGCAAGGUGUCGGUCACCCAUUCAAGGAAUUAUAAAAAUCUUCCCGUUAAUGAAUGGAGGGAACACGUGAUGCGGAUCGCUUGGAUUUUGCAUCGAUUUAGAUUUCUACGGACGCGUAGGAAACCAUGUGUGUUCAGUUAAAAAUGAUAACGUGUCAAACGAUGGCGUGCAUCCACUUAAUUACGGUGCAAUAAAAAUAAUUUAUCUUCUUCUCCGUUGAUACAAUUUUCUGGAGCGCCCGGUAAUUCAUCGCCUGUUUUUAUCAAUUGAUUUUCAUAUAGGGUUUCACGGUGCAGCCUAUAAACACCUCGAUAAUCCUUACAUAAAAUCAGACGUAUCGAAGGUAAAAGAAAAAACAGCAUACGUCCUGCAAAAUUUCUUUGGAACAACAUGUGCCAGCUGAAAAGCAACUACGGGAUUGGAUGAAUCGAUAUCACCUCGGCAAUGGAAAUGUGACAUGAACAACAACGAGUAGUUGCAAGAAACCGAGUGCUUUCAAAAGAAAGAAAAUGUAGGCAAGCUGAUGUAACGGCGAUCGACGGGAGGUGGUACGUGAAAAGGAGGAAACGUUGGCAAUUAUUAUCAGAACGUGUCGAAAAAAGAUGUUCGCAGGGAACAGUGCCGUAGAACACGAGGGGGAACAGCUGGUGCAUAGGGAUUGAUAUUGAUUUGAAGCACGCGGAGCCGGUUGCCGGGCAGUCACGGGCCAAACGUACGUCGAACAAGAGGCCGGACUCAAAUGCCUCCCGAGUGCGAGGAAAUCGAGGACCGUAGUGUGCCGGAGAAGAUUUCCUGCAUCGACGGCAGGAUUAAGGAUCCUUUGCGAUUCGUAACACCGGUCACACUAUGCGGUCGUCGAACGAUGGUAAACAAACUCUGGUGCCAGGAACUAAGCAGGAAAUGGUUCCAUAAGAAGGUUGAACCACCGCAUCCACGAAUCCUCACCGAACCAAGAUGCCAAAAACACGUUGCCACCUGGUAUCUACUUUACCGUUGGUUAAUCUUUAUGGCCUGGGCUUCCAUCAUCGUCUGUUCGAUAUUCGAAUACGGUAGUUACAAUCCUAUGCCAAUAUACGAUAAAUGGCCAAUUUAUUUAACCAAUUGGGAUUUAGUAUUGGGCCUGUGUCAAGCGUUCCUCGGCGGUUUUCUAGUUUCGAGAAGAUGGAAGCUACAGAAAUUAUCCGACUUUGAUCCUUCCGCGUUGAUGUUAGGAUUAACGGACAGGGUUUACUGGUUCCUUUACGUUGUUACUACCAACGUCGCGAUUGUUGUUACGAUUUCCUACUGGUGUAGCGUUUACGAUCCAAAGAUUCAUCAUUUAGAUCCGUUGAACAUUAUGCUACACGUUUGUAACAGUAUUCUAAUGAUCAUAGACUUUUGUAUUACGGGCAUUCCAUUUAGAUUAAGGAAUUUCUGGUGGUGCUUAACCAUUGUAUUUUUUUACGUUAUUUUCUCGGUAAUAUAUUACCUUGCAGGUGGAUUAGAUAAACAGGGUUAUCAUUAUAUUUAUAAAAUCCUUGAUUGGAAGAAACCAGUACGAUCUUCAUUGGUAUGCUUGGGUCAAGCUAUUUUUAUAACCAUAUUAUAUUCCAUAAUAUGCCUUUUAGAAAAAUUGAAAAAUCGGUUCUACCGAAAGAUUGAUAAGAAAUUAGAAGGAAUGGAGAUACAGAUUCCUAAUAUAGAGAAACAUGCUGAUAUUGUUUAAAAAUUAGCAAUGCUAGAACAUUAUUUAUAAGAUACAUUUCUAAAGAAAAUUGUUAUUUACAAUUUUUAACUACCGUUUGUAUCGAGCUAAAACAUAAGUAGCGCAUAUAAAAGAAGGAAUUAGUAUCCUGUUUCAGAUUCGUUGAACGAAAUAUAUCGUAUUGACAAUAUUAAUAUUAAUAAGAUUACAUAAUAGCAGUAGAAUUUCAUGCUCGUUUAUUUCUUUUAUAUACGCUCAGUUUGUACAACGUGUAUUAUGGUACAGCAAAAAAGCGCGAAAAACACCUUUAGAAAUGUACGCUUACGUACGAAUACGAUUAUUUAUAAUUUAAGAACAAAAUAGUAUUCCUCAAACUAUAUACAGCAGUAAAAAAGAAACUGUGAAGUUUGAUAUCAUUAAUAUUACUGAAAUAUCAUAUGUAAAAAUUGUAUAUUUUAUAGCAUCGAAGUUUGAAAGAAAUUGCAUGAGUGUUCAUGCAUAAGUCCCGCGUGUUAUAAAAAUUAGAUACUAAUUUUUAUAAUAAAUGGAAUAAAGAUGACUAAACGUUUAAAUUUAGGAAAUAAAUGCAUAUGUACCAUGGCUAAUAAUUCAUUAUUCAAAGCAUUAAUUACAUAUCAUGCUAUUGUCACUAUAAUAAUGUAUGAAAAAAUAUCUUUGACACGUGAACGCAUUUAUAAAUGUUGAAAGCAUUUAAUUUUAUAUAAUUUAUAUUUGUCCAAUUAUUCUUACACUACAUUAUAACACGACUGUUGUUGAAACAUUCCGAAUUUAUUUUCCACUAUUAUUAAGCGAGUCUUGAGUGAUAUAGGUAAUAAAACUAUCUUUUUUUUUUUUUUU